AUGGCAGUCACCCCUCGGCGUGUCCGCCUGAAGCCCUGGCUGGUCGCGCAGGUGGAAAGCGGGCGAUACCCGGGGUUGACGUGGCUUGACCGUGAGAACAUGCGCUUCAGGAUCCCAUGGAAACACGCCACACGGCACACACCCCAGCACGAGGAUGAGGACACCAUCUUUAAGGCAUGGGCUGUGGAGACCGGAAAGUUCCAGGAGGGAGUUGACGAACCUGAUCCUGCAAAGUGGAAAGCUCAGCUUCGAUGUGCCCUGAACAAAAGCCGAGAAUUCAACCUCGUCUAUGAUGGCACCAAAGAGAUCCCUAUGAAUCCUUGGAAGAUAUAUGAUGUCUGUGACAUCCCCCAGCCCCCCAGCAACCACGGCUCUUCAGAUGCUGGCCCCUGGACACCCGGGGAUGAUGAUGGUCUUGAGGAAGAUAUUCCAGAUACUCCAGAGUCUCUGCCUCCAUACCCAUCUAAUGGCACCCCCUCUCCUCUCAUUAUGUGGUCUCCGAUGGGUUCUGAGUCAUCCAUGCAGCCUCCAAGCUGUCCCCCAUCAAACGAGGUCUGGCCCAAAGAGGAGCCUGUUAAACCCUGGCCUAAAGAGGAGGCUGAGGAUGUGGAGAUGCAGCAAACGACACACGACAUGCCCCCAGUUACUCUGCCCGAUCCGUCUUUGCAGCCCCCUCCCCUGCCCGACGGCUUGUUUGCCUCUCCCGAAAUGUGGAUCAGUUCCCUUCCAAUGACAGACCUGGAGGUGCAGUUUCUUUACAGAGGGAAGGAGAUGUGUCCUACAGCGACAGUCAGCAACCCGCUUGGCUGCAGGCUGUUCUACGGAGACCUCGGGCCCAUGGUCAAUCAGGAAGAGCUGUUCGGCCCAGUGAACCUGGAACAGCUACGCUUUCCGACCACGGAGCACAUCACCAAUGACAAGCAGAGGGUCUUUACUAACCGCCUUCUGGACGUGAUGGACAGAGGUCUGAUCCUGGAGGUCAGCGGCCACGAUAUCUAUGCAGUCCGUCUCUGCCAGUGCAAGGUGUACUGGUCUGGCCCCUGCGCUCCAAAUCCAGCUGCUCCGAAUCUCAUAGAGCGGCAGAGGAAGGUCAAACUGUUCUGUCUUGAGUCUUUUCUCGCUGGUGUGAUAGCUCAACAGCGUGGCCAAGCACCAAGCACUCCUGACUAUGAGAUCAAUCUGUGUUUCGGGGAGGAGUGGCCAGAUGGAAGACCCAAGGAGAGGAAACUUAUCAUGGUCCAGGUCAUUCCAGUAGUGGCCCGAAUGAUAAGCGAGAUGUUUUCUAGCGACAACACGCGAUCACUUGACAGCGGCAGCAUCCGCCUCCAGAUUUCCAUCCCAGACAUCAAGGAUAACAUUGUGACCCACCUAAAGCAGCUUUACUGCCUGCUUCAGACCCACCAGGGCCCGGAAAACUGGACGUUGCCGCCUGGCUCAGCCCUGAACAUCAACCCAGCACUGCAGACUCAGUGA